CUUUGGGAGCAAAGCCCAGUCAGAGCCAGAGCCAGGGACAGCUUUCUGGAUUCAUGCUAUGUUUUGCCCUCCUAAUGGAAACAGCCCCCCAGGCUGAGGGGAGUAGUGGGGCCCAGGGCAGCCACUGGCUUGACUCCUCUGGGAGGUGGACCAGGACAGUGUCCAGGGUCAGGUGGAACCCCUGUUUUACACAGGAGCUGCCAUAGCCCUCGACACUGCCAGGACCCCUGCACACUGUGAGAACCUUCAGGGCACUUGGCCACAGAGCCCCAGCCAGUCCCUUUUAAUUUUGAGGCAGAGUCUCACUACGUUGCCCUGGCAACUGGUCCUCCUGCCUCAGCCUCCAGGUAGCUGGGGUUACAGUCGUGGCCACUGUACUGGCUCCUUUGCCCUUUCUCUUUUCAUUUAUUUUGAGAGAAGGUUUCAUGGCAUUGUUGAGGCUGCCCUGGAAACUGAUCCUCCUGCCUCAGUUCCUUUGCCCAUUUUAGUGGGCUAAUUCUGCCCUUUUAUUGUGGGAUCCUAAGGUUAGUGUUUUUGCUCAGGACGUCCAGGUUUUCAGUUCUACAGGUACCCCAGUAACAGAUGCACUAACGUAGGCCCCUCUUUGACUCCUCUCUGUAAGUGCCCAUGUCUAGGGUGGAGAGGUCAACGGCCAACCUGUGCUGUGUUCAUAAGGAAAGUAACUGCAAUAUUAAAUGCAAUUCAUUGGGAGGCUGCAUCUUGGAGGAAGUGGGAGGUGCAGAUCUUGGAAGUCUGAAGAGAAGGGUCUGAGGGUCUGCCUGGGGAGCCCUGGAGACCUGAAGCACACACAGAUGCUUAUCAGCUGGGAAGAAGCUUCCCUGGGCGGGGUAGGCGGGGCGGGCUGGGGCCCUGCUCCUGUGAGGGACGUGCCCGCUGGUGUCAGGGCCUGGUGUUCUGGGUUCACACUUGAGCAGUUGUAGGUUUGCAGUAAGCAGGGAGGCCCACAGAGUGGAUUGCUGUCUCUGCGCCCUGGCGUCCUGUGCUGAGGAGCCAUGGUCCUGGGAGGUGCUGUUGAAGCCACCAGACAGGGUGUUGGCUCAUUUUUUGGGGGGGUACACAACCUGUGGGUCUUGAUGAAUGUGUGGUCGUGUGCACCAUCCCAUCACACAGAAUGGCUCACUGCCCUGUGCCCACCUGCUCCUCGGCCUGAGCCCAGGAGCUACUGAGGACACCCCAUGUCUAUGGCUUGUCCUUUUCUUGAAGGCACCCUGAGUUCCCCAGCCUGGGCAGGCGUUGUGCACUAGAGCCUGAGGGGAAGAGGUGGCCCGGGAGGCUGGCCUGUGCACUGGGGCCCAGGGUGAGUGCUCUUAGCCAGGAGGGUGUACAGUCCCUGCUCUAGCACAGAAGCAGGACACCCUGGGCCUCUGUCCCCACUCGUGGGCCUCAGUUUGCCCUCCACAGACAGGUUCAAGUCGAGGUGAUAUCAUCGUCUGUUAAGGAGGGAGCAGGUGUGGCCAGCACAGAGUAUUGUGGGGGACAGGAGUGCGUCAGAGGCAAAGACGGGAGCACCUUGCUUGGACCUGGCUGCUGGCUUCUGGCUGCUGCGACUGGUCAGGAGGCUUAGUGUGUUGAGAGGGGCUGGCUGGGGUGGAGACUGACCUCCCAGGGCACAGCAUAGCGCCUCAGGCUGGGUUGUGUCCUGCUGGCUGGGGGAGAUCGUGGUCCCAGCAGACGCAGAACUGCCCAGCUGUGCGCUCCCACCAGGCGAGGUGUGUCUCGCGGAUGCCUCAAGCUGCAAAGGCACAGAGAGCUGCUCUGGGAAGGGAUCCCAGCUCCUCUGACGGGACAGGUGCUCUUGUGGGCCUGUGCUCGGGACCCUUCCCUCCUAGAAUAAUGGCAGGCGAGAUGGCCUGGGAGUUGUCAUGCAUGGGUGGGUCACUUUCUCCUGUUCCCCUUCUGGCCACCAGCCUCACCCACUCCACAUAGUCCAUGAAUGGUCCCAGAAAGGGGCAUCCAUUGGGCCUUCUGGUCUCCCGGUUACUCAGCACCAAAGCCACAACCUUCUGUGUCCACAAGGUCCCAGACUCUGGCCUUAUUUCCUGUGGCUUUCUCCUUCAGCAGGCACCCUACAGGCUCUAGGUGGAUGCCCCUGGCCCUAAAGCCUCCACCUUUAGGAGGGAGCAAGCCCUUCGUGGGGCCCACCUGGCAUGCUCCUGCCCCGGGGCUUUGCACUCUUGAUGGAACAUGCUUGCCCUGUAUACUUACAGGGCUCCUUCCUGCCCCAAAUUAAAGCAUGUGGUCAGCUGAGUCAUGGUCCCCUGUGGUGUGCAGGCCCUGAUUCCUGGGAAACUGGGAGCAUGUUGUAGCUGGUAGGAAGGACUUGGCAGAUGUGAUUCAUCUUAGGAUCCUGAGUAGGGGAGAGGGUCCUGGAUCAUCUGGGAGGGAGCCUUUGUCAGGGCAAGUGGGAAAGCGGAGUUGGGAGUCAGCAAGGGUGGGGCAGAGGUCAGGUACACUUCUCAUCUCUGAAAGUAAAAAGUCAAAAGGAAUGCAGGCUGAGGGUGCUCAGGGUGAACGUGGUAUUCAGAAAACGGGGGGACUGGCCUUUACAUUGUCUGCUGUGGGUGCUUGACCAGGGACCAUGUUGGCUCUGGAAAAUUGUACACUAGUCUUUGGCAAAAAAAACAAGAACAAUGUAAUGAGCUUUCCAUGACAUUAAACAUUCUCCAUUUAAAGGAAAUGAAAGUGGCAGCAUUUAAAAAAUGUCAUCCUUGCUUGAACAAAUAAAAGGUUGGCAAGAGGCAUAAGUAGUCAGUGUUAGGAGCAGAGAUGCAGCUGGGGCCUUGGGGUGUAGCCCAGUGGUGGAAAGCUUGCCUGUUACGUGUGAGGCCCUGGCUUUGGUGCCCCUAACACUGCAAAUAAAAUACAGUAGAGGUGAAGGCUGGGUCUGAAUGCCAAACAAGCCCCUUCAGUGCCGCAUGCCUCAUCCUCCCCCACUGUAAUGUGGAGAAACAGCACAGCCUUAUCCAUGGUUCCACGAGGACUGAUCCAGCUAGUGUGACACCGAUUGGAAUUUUGCCUGGCAACAGCAAGUGCUGUAUCAAUACCCACAAUAAGCCAGGAAUCCUGGGCCCCAUGCUGUCUGCACCCUGCCAAGCCAGUGGGUGGAAAAUGCAAGGACCCCUGGUGCAUUGUCAGUGCCAGGGGUGCGGCUGUGCGACCUUGGACAUGGGAUGUACCUCUCUGUUCCGAGGAUCCUCUUCAGUAACGUGGGAGUGAGGAUGGUGCUUGCCACUCCGGGAAGGCGCAAGGAUUGGGCGAGUUAAUGAAUGUGUCAGCUGGUAUGAUCACUUGUUUAUUCUAGGGAUCCUCACAGUGGCUCAUUCAUACCCUUACCCUAACCUUAACAAAAUGGAUUCCCUUUUGGGAUACUGCAGGGCCAAGGGCUUCUCUUUGGAUGUCUGCUGUGGGCCUUGGCCUUCGGUAACUGAGGCCUGGGAGGGAGCCUCGGCCCAUGCUCCGCCCCAGCUCCGCCCCAUCCAGUCCCCAGAUUUUCUGGUUCCGCCUCAUCUUGACGCGGAGGACUUUUGCCCCCGCUCGGCUGCCGUUGGGCGCCCGCCCGCUUCCGCUCUGGCUCACGUGUUCGGCCUCGGCUCCGUCGGCGGCCCCUACCCACCAUGGCCGGGAAGGAGAUGCACCCAGCACGGGCCUCACACCAGGACAGAAAAGCCCAAGGUGGCUGGGUCUGGGAGGACACACAGUACCCGCCCAAGAGGCUCAGGGGCAGCGAGGAGGAGGAGCGGCCGAGAAAACUGCCCAAGCGCAAGAUUGUACUGCUCAUGGCCUACUCAGGGAAGGGCUACCACGGCAUGCAGAGGAAUGUGGGGUCCUCACAGUUCAAGACAAUCGAGGACGACCUGGUAUCUGCCCUGGUCCAGGCAGGCUGCAUUCCUGAGAAUCACGGGGAAGAUAUGAGGAAAAUGUCUUUCCAGCGUUGUGCCCGCACUGACAAGGGUGUGUCUGCAGCUGGCCAGGUAGUGUCCCUGAAGGUGUGGCUGAUUGAUGACAUUCUAGACAAGAUCAACAGCCACCUUCCCUCCCACAUCAGGAUUUUGGGGCUGAAGAGGGUCACAGGUGGGUUCAACUCCAAGAACAAGUGUGAUGCCAGGACCUACCUGUACAUGCUGCCCACCUUUGCCUUCGCCCACAAGGACCGCGAUGUGCAGGACGAGACCUACCGCCUGAGCCCAGAGACCCUGCGGCUCGUCAAUAGACUCCUGUCCUGCUACAAGGGCACCCACAGCUUCCACAACUUCACCUCACAGAAGGGGCCGCGGGAGCCCAGUGCCCGGCGCUACAUCCUGGACAUGUACUGCGAGGAGCCAUUCCUGCGCGAGGGCCUGGAGUUCGCCGUCAUCAAGGUGAAGGGCCAGAGCUUCAUGAUGCACCAGAUUCGGAAGAUGGUGGGCCUGGUGGUGGCCAUCGUGAAGGGCUACGCCCCGGAGAGUGUGCUGGAGCGUAGCUGGGGGGAGGAGAAGGUGGAUGUGCCCAAAGCGCCAGGGCUUGGCCUGGUCCUGGAGAGGGUGCACUUUGAGAAGUACAACCAGCGCUUUGGCGGUGAUGGGCUGCACGAGCCCUUGGACUGGGCACAGGAGGAGGGGAAGGUGGCGGCCUUCAAGGAGCAGCAUAUCUACCCCACCAUCGUCAGCACUGAACGGGACGAGCGGUCCAUGGCCCAGUGGCUGAGCACCCUGCCCGUCCAUGAUUUCAGUGCCACUGCGCUUUCGGCGGCCCGGACAGGCACCAAGGUCCCCAGUCCCCUGGAUGGCAGCGAAGGGGACGGGGGUGGAGACACUGACUGAGGCUUUGGGGCUGGAGGUAAGAUGGUGCAGCUUGCCUGCUGUGAGCACCGGGAGCCCAGAGCUGCCUCAGGAUGCUGUCUCCAGUCCCCAUCUCAGGAGUGCCGCCUAGCCAGCUCUGCUCCAGCUACCUGUGCACGCCUUGGCACGUGAAGACACUAUUUUUUUAAAGAAGCGAUUUUCUUAUUAAAUAAGUAUGUUUUGCUUAGUGA